AAGAAGAAGGUUCCGUAACCCUUUGUUUUUUUUUUUGGCUUUAAUCAGAUCGACACUUUCCUCUGCCAUCACCGGAGCUCUGCGAGACUUCAAACAACUCCAUAACUCUCAAGCUUGUAGCUUUACUCGCAGUUUGCUGGACAAUGAAGAAAGGAUUGCACCCACAGAUGCAAUGGAUCUCUUAUGUAACACAGAGCGGUAGAUUGAUGCACGUGAUGAUGACAAGAAUCCACCAUGUUGGCAAAGUCUAUCACUUUGGAGCUAAGCGUCAAAUGGCUCAAAGCAUUGGUCAGAUUGCCAAGUUCAAGCGUAGGUUUAACGAGCAAGAGGCAGAAGCAGCCGAAGAGAACAACAACGAGAACCAGAAGAAGUAGCUCUAGUCCAACUCUUUUAUCCCCUUCCCUUACCUUUCCAUCCGAGAAAGCUUUAGACUAUUCCUUUACACAAGGCAACUAUGUAUGAAUCUUUUGCUUUGCUUCAAAUGAUUCAUUUUUUUCACAGUUCUUAACUCUCUCUGUUUCGUCAAUAAAGAACUUAUCUUGUUCCCGUCUU